AUGGUACAGCGCACGACAGCUGUGGUGGGACUGCUUGACUCGACCCUGCCUGUCGGGCAAUUCUCGAAAUCCAACACACUCUGCUCGCCACCGCCAGAAGAAGAGGCCAACCGCCGCCGCUUUCCCACAGCCCAACCGCAGUCCCACACUCCUCUUCGCUUCACUACUCUUCUUCUCAACCACCGUUCACCGUCCACUUUCAUCACCAACAUCCGUGCAACAUCCUCGUCACCUCGUCCAUUUGCGGUGACUCGUCCUUGCCUCAUCAUCUCGUCGCGUGCCGCCCCACGCCUCUUGUCUGCAGCGUUCACGCUUGCCCGUAUAUCUACACGCCCGCUGUCCGUCCUUACCUCGUCGACAGCUCGCGUCCCCAUUCGCAACUUCUCCAUCACCCCUCGCCUCGGCCUUCCGCACACCAUGACCGACCAGAUCAAAGCCACCUUCGCCGCCAAGGCCGCCAAGAACGAGGCCGUCUUCGUCAGCUUCGUCACCGCCGGCUUCCCCACCAAGCACGACACCGUCGAUGUCCUCCUCGCCCUCGAGCAGGGCGGCGCAGACGUCAUCGAGCUCGGCGUUCCCUUCUCCGAUCCCCAGGCUGACGGCCCCGCCAUCCAGGAGAGCAACCAGGUCGCAUUGGAGCAGGGCGUCGGCUACACCCAGUGCCUCGACUAUGUCCGUCAGGCACGCGCCAAGGGCCUCAAGGCUCCCGUUCUGUUCAUGGGCUACUACAACCCCACGCUCGCCUACGGAGAGGACAAGGCGGUACAGGAUGCCAAGGCCGCCGGUGCCAACGGCUUCAUCAUCGUCGACCUGCCUCCCGAGGAGGCCGUCGACUUCCGAGGCGCCUGCACCAAGUACGGCCUCUCGUACGUGCCGCUCAUCGCCCCUUCCACCUCGACCGAGCGCAUCAAGCACCUCGCCUCGCUCGCAGACUCGUUCAUCUACGUCGUCUCCAAGAUGGGCACCACCGGUGCCACCACCACCGUCUCCACCUCCUUGCCCGACCUCAUCUCCCGCAUUCGCAGCAUCACCCCCAUCCCGCUCGCCGUCGGCUUCGGCGUGUCCACACGAGACCACUUUGUCGAGGUCGGCGAGCAUGCCGACGGCGUCGUCAUCGGAAGCAAGAUCGUCGCCAAGCUCAAGGACGCGCCCGCAAACACCGCCGCGCGUGUCGAGGCGGUGCGUGCCUACUGCGCCGAGAUCACCGGCAAGAACGAGGGCGGCAUCCAGCGCAAGCAGCCGCUCAACAUCAAGCAGGUCAUGGACCAGCCCGACUCGGUCCCCGUGCCCAAGGUCGACGCCGUCGUCCCCGCAGACAGGCCACCCGUGCCUGGCCUCGACACCAUCGUCGAUGCCGAGGGCAAGGUGCGUCCGCCGCGUUUCGGCAAGUUCGGCGGUCAGUACAUCCCCGAGGCGCUCUUCGACGCCCACCAGGAGCUCGAGAAGGCCUACCUCACUGCGCUCGAGGACCCCGAGUUCUGGAAGGAGUUCGAGAGCUACUACGAGUACAUUGGCCGCCCCAGCGAGCUCUACCCCGCCGACCGCAUGACCAAGGCCGCCGGCGGUGCGCAGAUCUGGUUCAAGAGGGAGGACCUCAACCACACCGGCUCGCACAAGAUCAACAACGCCGUCGGCCAGAUCCUGCUCGCUCGCAGACUCGGCAAGACCAGAAUCAUCGCCGAGACCGGUGCGGGUCAGCACGGUGUGGCCACCGCCACCGCGUGUGCCAAGUUUGGCAUGGAGUGUGUCGUCUACAUGGGCGCCGAGGAUGUGCGUCGUCAGUCGCUCAACGCCUUCCGCAUGAAGAUGCUCGGCGCCAAGGUGGUGGCUGUCGAGAGCGGAAGCAAGACGCUCAAGGAUGCCAUCAACGAGGCCAACCGCGACUGGGUGACCAACCUGCACAACACGCACUACAUUGUCGGUUCGGCCAUUGGUCCGCAUCCGUUCCCCUCGAUCGUGCGCGACUUCCAGUCGAUCAUCGGCAGGGAGGUGAAGCAGCAGCUGCACGAGAAGAAGGGCAAGCUUCCCGACGCUGUCAUCGCGUGCGUUGGUGGUGGAUCCAACGCCAUCGGCAUUUUCCAUCCUUUCGUUCAGGAUAAGAACGUUCGUCUGAUUGGUGUCGAGGCUGGUGGAGAUGGUAUUGACACGGAGCGUCAUUCGGCUACGCUUAGUCGCGGUACGCCGGGUGUGCUGCACGGUGUGCGCACCUACUUGCUGCAGGACCAGUUUGGUCAGAUUACCGAGACGCACUCGAUCAGUGCUGGUCUCGACUACCCCGGUGUGGGUCCGGAGCAUUCGUUCCUCAAGGACUCGGGUCGUGCAGAGUACAUCGCUGCGACGGACGAGGAAGCUCUGCGUGGAUUUAAGCUCUGCACUGAGCUCGAGGGAAUCAUCCCCGCACUGGAGACUUCGCACGCGCUGUGGAGCGCUUUCCAUAUCGCUAAGACCAUGAAGCCCGAGGAGGAUAUUGUGGUUUCGCUCAGUGGUAGGGGCGAUAAGGAUGUAGAGCAGAUCGCUAACGCUAUCGCCCAUGGCGGAUGGGGCGAACGUCUCGGCUGGAACAUCGCUUAA